AAUGCCUAGUAUUUAUAAGAAAAAAAUACUACAGCUGUAAUACACAAACAUAUUUUUCAGUUCGUAGUUUUGUCUCCAAAACAAAAGAAUAAAAUGAUUUGUAUAAAAGAUUUAAGCAUUGUACUCCUUCUGAACUGUGCAUUGGCGGUCAUUCGAGCCCUGGGGUCAUCUGUCGUUACUGUACCCCUAGAGGACUCUGUCUGGGGACCCAAGAAAGGCAAUCGACCGCACUUAGAGGAACCCAGACCCCCCUGUAACAGAAAGUGUGAAUACGGAUAUGACACUGAUAUCGAGGGGAACUUUAUUUGUAAAUGUAACAACCCUUGUCAGAAUGUAUACUGUUUUGCUGGAACAACGUGUGUUAUUUCCAAGUCUUGUGACAGAGGAGCAUGCAAACUCGAUGCUUCUUGCAAGGAUUUAAGACGACAGAAAGACAUCGGCUUAACUUCACCACUUAAGAGCCAGGAUUUCGUAGGUGUUUCUUUUGAUACUGCAAACUUCGUCCAAACGGAUGCAAACACAAUUUGUAGACAGCCUUUAUCAUUCGAUGUGUUCAACUGUCCAAAGCGAAUGCGACGUUAUAUGUAUGACGCAACAAAAGGAAGGUGCGUUCGAUUCUGGGGCUGCAGAAAACCUGGGAACAACUUCGAUAAAAAAAGAACUUGCAAAGAAACAUGCAUAUUUCCAUAUAAAGGCAAAGCGCACAAAACCCGACUGAGACCAAGGAAUGUGAGAUGUCAAUUUCCCGUGGAGAAUAUGCAUAUUGUCUGUUCCGGAAAACUCCGACGACGAUGGGUGUUUGAUGUACUGAGAAACAAGUGUAUUAAAAUUAAGGGAUGCCCACGACCUGGAAAUAAUUUCCAAAAACGGCUAGAAUGUAAACUACAAUGCGUGCGCCGAAGGAAGUGGAAGAAAUUCGGUUGAAGUUCUUACAUCCAAAGUACCCACGGUUAACAAUAGGUACGGUAGAGACUGUAACCUUAUUUCCAAAACUGCAACAGAAAUAAACAACACUGACAAGAACGUUUAUCGAUCAAAACGGAUUUUGCAAUUUAUUGUUGCAUACAGGAUACAGCGCUCCGAAAGAAUUUCCCAUUCACUCCCCUGUGCCAUUCCUGUUCAGAAGCGUUUCGAGAAAAGAAUGGCGGCUGGACCGCCAUGAUUGACACGGAAUCUGUCGGAUUCUACGUAAAGACGAAAUACUGAUACUGUAUAAUAUACUUCAGUAUGUUUUUCACGAUAAUAUUUUAAAAGCAUGGAUUUUUUUUCAAUUAUUUUUAUUAUGUUACUCUUUGUUUGAUUUAUGUUUUAAAAAGUAUUUUUUUAAGUUGUUGACAAUAAAAUGAAGAAGACCCUUUCUUAACGAAGUUU